AUGGGUGUAUCCGGCCAGCAGACGACUACCACACGGCCAGCAGACGACUACCAGACGGCCAGCAGACGAGCACCAUACGGCCAGCAGACGAGCACCAUAGGGCCAGCAGACGAGUACCAUACGGCCAGAAGACGACUACCAUACGGCCAGCAGACGAGUACCAUACGGCCAGCAGACGAGUACCAUACGGCCAGCAGACGAGUACCACACGGCCAGCAGACGAGUACCACACGGCCAGCAGACGAGUACCACACGGCCAGCAGACGAGUACCACACGACCAGCAGACGACUACCAUACGGCCAGCAGACGACUACCAUACGGCCAGCAGACGACCACCAGACGGCCAGCAGACGAUCAAGCCGCACGACUCACGCGAACGUGCCCUGUAG